AUGGCGAAAAAUAUUGUUCUCACUCUUCUACUUUUGAAUAUCGGUACAACUAUUCAUGAUCCUAUUCAUCGACGUUUGAUAGACGUUGAUAACGAUGAUGAUAACGAGAAACGAAUUUGGUGUAUUGUUACUUACUCAUCCAGCCUUCAAAUUUUCAGUACAAUGAUGAAUAUAUUUGAUUUUUUAACUCCAUUUUUCAUUAAUUUUAUUUCAGCAUUAAGCAUUAUUAUAUUAACUAUUCGACAACGAAAAACUGUUGAACAACAUCAACGUUAUGAAAAAUUAUUGCAUGAACAAUUAAAACGGCACAGUCACUUAUUGAUUGCUCCUAUUACUUUAGUCAUUCUAGCUGUACCACGUUUGAUCAUUUUUUUCAUUCCAGACUGUAUGAAAUCCAUUAGUGAACCAUGA